AUGUCUAAUAACUCCGACAGACCGCAGUUUGACGUGCCUACCUUAGCCAUCCCAGGCCAGUCCCUGCCACAACUGUUCCAGCCGAUUCCACAGUCCCCGGUACAGCCACCAAAGGCCACUGGUGGUGCCGAGUACUACUUCGACCAGGUCGCUGACUUUGCAUCUGACCACCCAAUAGUUACCGGUCUCGGUGCGCUUACCGUGGCGUACCUUGCCGCUGGUAUGUUCAAGUCCAAGCAACCAGGUAUCGGCGGGAAGCCGUUUUUCAAGGGUGGCUUCGGCACUAAGAUGGACGCUAAGGAGGCGUUGCAGAUCUUGAACUUGAAGGAGUCUACUUUAACCAAGUCGAGGUUGAAGGAGACCCAUAGAAGAAUCAUGUUGUUGAACCAUCCUGAUAAGGGUGGUUCCCCAUUCUUGGCCACCAAGAUCAACGAGGCCAAAGAUUUUUUGGAAAAGAGAGGUGGCUUAAGAAAGUAA